CGCGGCAGGAAGUCUGUCGGCAUUAUUCAGAAGGAGCUUUCAAGUUCACAACAGAACAGCCAGCCUAGAUAACCGCUCGAACCGAAUCCUCAUUUCCUAUCAGCCACGACACUACUGCGGGGCUUUUCUCCGCAUUUGACAACAAGAUUGUUGCUCUUAAAUUCCCGAGAAUACAGCGGAGGUCACGGAUUCGAGAUGGCUGCGUACAAGUUGGUUCUGAUCCGUCAUGGAGAGAGCUGCUGGAACCAGGAGAACCGCUUCUGCGGAUGGUUCGACGCGGACCUCAGUGAAACCGGGGAGCAGGAGGCGAAGAGAGGAGGACAGGCGCUAAAAGAUGCUGGCUAUGAGUUUGACGUGUGCUACACCUCAGUCCUGAAGAGAGCCAUCCGGACUCUGUGGUUUGUCCUGGACGGGAUCGACCAGAUGUGGCUUCCUGUCCACCGCACCUGGCGCCUCAACGAGCGCCACUACGGAGGCCUGACGGGGCUCAACAAGGCAGAGACAGCGGAGAAGCACGGCGAGGCCCAGGUUAAGAUUUGGAGGAGGAGCUAUGACACCCCGCCUCCUCCCAUGGAGGAGGAGCACAACUUCUACAACAACAUCAGCCAGGACCGUCGCUAUGGCGACCUGACGGAGGAUCAGCUGCCGUCCUGUGAGAGCCUGAAGGACACUAUUGCCCGGGCACUGCCCUUCUGGAACGAUGAAAUCGUGCCCCAAAUCAAGGACGGGAAGAGGGUUCUCAUCGCCGCCCACGGCAACAGUCUCAGAGGCAUUGUCAAGCACCUGGAGGGUAUGUCAGAGGAGGCCAUCAUGGAGCUCAACCUGCCUACAGGGAUCCCCAUCCUGUAUGAACUGGACAAGAACCUGAAGCCUGUAGGGCCCAUGCAGUUCCUGGGAGACGAGGAGACAGUGAAGAAGGCCAUGGAGGCUGUGGCUGCCCAGGGCAAGGCCAAGAAAUAGACACAGCGCCCUCGCGUGGUCAGGAGGCGUCGGUGCGGCUAGAACACGUUAUAAUAAUAAUCACAUACACAGCGUGACAUUACAUUAUCAUGUUUACACGCAGACAGAUGUGUGUGUAUAUAUACAUACAUACAUACAUACAUACAUACAUACAUACACACACACUUCAAAUACGCACUCACACACAUCACACUAUAGGUGGAUUUGAUAGGUCUUUGCUUUCCUGCACAUAUAUUUUUCCUGCACAUUGAGACGUCAGUAUUACACAGCCAAUAGGAAUCAGUAAUACUGGAUUGUACGGAUCAUCAUAAUAUGAGUUGAUCAAGAUUGUUUGAGUUGACCAAAAACACACAGGCUAGGGACCAGCUAAUAGGGUAUUUACAGUAUCCAAAAACACAGGAUAGGGACCAGCUAAUAGGGUAUUUACAGUAUCCAAAAACACAGGAUAGGGACCAGCUAAUAGGGUAUUUACAGUAUCCAAAAACACAAUCAGGACCAGCAUAUAUAGUAUUUAUCUAAAUGGGGAACAUGAUAGUGUGAUUUCUACUGCCAUGUAGUUUUGCACUGAGUGAACAUGUAUGUAAACAUUGACGGGCACGUUUGAAAAAGGAAACAUUGAAUCUCAUUGUUAUUGUUGUAGCUCUACGGCAACAGUAUGUUGUCAUGGUUAUGGUGGUUAUUGUUAAAAGGGGCAGGCGGACCUGUUCUGUACUGCUGACCUUAGAAUUGGUAGAGUGGGUGUCCUCAUUCAGGAGAGGUUCUAUACCCCUUCCACUCAUUCUAAUUCCAUGCUGUUGACCUGUGCUUAGUGUUCUGUGUGGAAUAAAUAAAGAUUAAUCUUAUUAUUUAUGAGCUGUCAAA